AGGAUUAGCACUUGUAAAGGAAUUCUCUGUGUACAGAUUUUCCCUUUGACGGGGAAACUGCUUGAAAGAUUAGUCUCUCCGUACAUGGAAUUAAUUAUAAUUUCAUAAGGAAAAAUUUUACAUCUUUAAAGAGUAUAAUUAUAAUGAAUCAGCUUAAUUGUAUUGACGCCAACAUCUUUUAAUCAAAGAAUCCCUGUGCUCGUAAUCGUUGAAAAUUGCUCUGAACUAAUUACAUAAGAGUGCAUAACAACUCCGAAUUCAAUAAACAUUUCAUACAAAAAUCAACUGUGGUUUAAUUUAAGGCUAAACAAAAUGUCAUUUGCUGUUAUGCUUAUUAAAACAAUUCAUACAAAGUAUGAUUGUAUUAAUAUAUUAAGUAAAAGUGUUUAAAGAACAUGGUGAUAAAAUAAGGACAAAAUAAAACAUUCGCUUAAACGUUACCUAAUUUGCAAACAAUACAAUUACAAGUAGUAUUCAGAAUAGGCGCUUAUAAUGAUUAUUGAAAACGUAGCAUGACCGUUACCAACCUUGAAUUUGCCAUUUGCUUAAAUCCCAACUAAAAUGUCUAUUAAAAGUGUACAAAAUAAAUCUGAUGAAAUGGAAAUCGGCACUCACAAUGACAAGGAAAACACAGACCCUUGCGAAAAUUUGCAAACGGAACCAAGUAAUGAAAAGUCUAACAUCGACGCAAAUUUGUACUUAUACGACGAUGAGUUGGACACCAGACCACACGUAUCAACGUUUAUUUCUUCGCUUGCCAAUUAUGAAAAUACUAUACCAUCAGCAACUGACCCGGAUUCGAAAACUGCUGCACCUGCAUCUCGUAUGGGUACAUUAAUCGGUGUUUUCCUGCCAUGCAUUCAAAACAUAUUCGGAGUGAUCCUGUUUAUUCGGCUUACGUGGGUAGUAGGAACCGCUGGCGCAAUAUGUGGAUUUAUAAUAGUAUUAAUUUGCUGCUGUGUGACCAUGUUGACGGCAAUCUCGAUGUCAGCAAUUGCAACAAACGGAGUAGUGCCGGCCGGUGGAAGCUAUUUUAUGAUUUCUCGAUCACUAGGACCAGAAUUCGGAGGAGCGGUGGGAAUGCUGUUUUAUACAGGGACGACUCUGGCUGCUGCUAUGUACAUCGUGGGUGCUGUGGAGAUCGUUCUGACCUACAUGGCUCCGUGGGCAUCAAUAUUUGGCGAUUUCACAAAAGAUCCAGAUGCAAUGUAUAAUAACUUUAGAGUAUACGGAACGCUACUCUUGAUGAUUAUGGGUUUGAUUGUGUUUUUGGGUGUAAGGUUUGUCAAUAAAUUCGCCGCGGUCGCCUUGGCGUGUGUAAUAUUCUCUAUAAUAGCUGUUUACAUUGGAAUAUUCGACAAUAUUCAUGGGAGUGAAAAGCUUUACUUGUGUGUCCUUGGAAAGCGAUUACUCAAAGAUAUUCCGAUGGAUAAUUGCACUAAAAGUGAUACGUUCUUGUCGGAUCUCUUUUGCGAUGAAAAUGGAUGUGAUGAAUAUUACAGAAAUAAUAAUGUAACGAAGGUUAAGGGUAUUAAGGGUCUUGCUAGUGGCGUGUUUUAUGAAAAUAUUUUACCAUCAUUUUUGGAACAAGGCCAACUAAUUGCUUAUGGAAAAAAUACAUUGGAUAUUGAAAACAUGGCUCCGUCUACAUAUAAUCAAGUUGUGGCGGAUAUUACAACGUCAUUUACAUUGCUCAUUGGAAUAUUUUUCCCUUCCGUAACAGGUAUAAUGGCGGGGUCUAAUAGGUCUGGUGAUUUAGCCGAUGCUCAAAAAAGUAUCCCUAUCGGAACUAUUUGUGCUAUUUUAACAACGAGCACUGUCUAUUUAUCAAGCGUUAUGUUAUUUGCGGGAACCGUGGAUAAUCUUCUUUUACGUGAUAAGUUUGGACAAUCUAUUGGUGGAAAACUGGUUGUUGCAAACAUAGCAUGGCCAAACCAAUGGGUUAUACUGGUCGGAUCAUUCUUAUCGACACUUGGUGCUGGACUACAAAGCUUAACAGGCGCACCACGUCUGUUGCAAGCUAUAGCAAAGGACGAAAUUGUUCCAUUUUUAUCUCCUUUUGCGGUCUCUUCUAAGCGAGGUGAACCCACCAGAGCCUUACUUUUAACAAUUGUUAUAUGCCAGUGUGGAAUAUUAUUGGGCAAUGUUGAUAUAUUGGCGCCUUUAUUAUCUAUGUUUUUCCUUAUGUGUUAUGGAUUCGUAAAUCUUGCGUGUGCUGUUCAAACAUUGUUAAGAACACCUAACUGGAGACCACGAUUUAAGUUCUAUCAUUGGGGAUUAUCUUUAGUUGGAUUAACUUUGUGUAUAUCAAUAAUGUUUAUGACCUCGUGGUACUUUGCUUUAAUCGCGAUGGGAAUGGCUAUAGUUAUUUAUAAAUAUAUCGAAUAUCGUGGAGCUGAAAAAGAAUGGGGAGAUGGAAUAAGAGGAAUGGCGUUAACAGCUGCUAGGUAUUCACUUCUCCGCUUAGAAGAAGGUCCACCACAUACCAAAAAUUGGCGUCCACAAAUAUUAGUGCUAUCGAAAUUUAAUGACAAUUUCAUGCCAAAGUAUAGGAAAAUAUUUGCGUUUGCGACUCAACUUAAAGCUGGAAAGGGGUUAACAAUAUGUGUGUCAGUUAUCCAAGGUGAUCAUCAUAAAAUUACGAACAGAGCCGUAGACGCCAAAGCGGCCUUGAGAAAAUUAAUGGACGAUGAGAAGGUGAAAGGUUUCUGUGAUGUAUUGGUAUCUCGGGAUAUUGGCGAAGGCUUAAGUUCAGUAAUUCAAACUAUAGGACUUGGAGGUAUGAAACCAAAUACUGUUAUUAUUGGUUGGCCUUAUAGUUGGCGGCAAGAAGGCAAGCAAAGUUGGAAAACUUUUAUACAAACCGUUCGAACGGUAGCUGCCUGCCAUAUGGCACUUUUAGUUCCAAAGGGAAUUAACUUUUUUCCAGAAUCCAACCACAAAAUUGGGGGCAAUAUUGACAUUUGGUGGAUAGUACAUGAUGGAGGUCUCUUAAUGCUAUUGCCUUUCCUGCUGAAACAACAUCGUACUUGGAGAAACUGCAAAUUAAGAAUUUUCACUGUGGCUCAAAUGGAAGACAAUUCCAUACAGAUGAAAAAAGACUUAAAAACGUUUUUGUAUCACUUGCGAAUUGAGGCCGAUGUGGAGGUGGUGGAGAUGAUGAAUAGCGAUAUUUCCGCCUAUACAUAUGAGAGAACGUUGAUGAUGGAACAGCGAAACCAAAUGUUAAGGGAACUACGUUUAAAUAAGAAAGAAAACUCUAAAAUAGUACAGACUCUAGUGGAUUUUAAGGAAACCACCGGGGAUGAUAAGUUACCUUUGGUUCAAACAAUUGUUGAUCAUCAUCAUGAUGUAACGAAGACAUCUUCAAAGGUUCGGUUUGCAGAUCCAACAAUCAAUGUAGAAGAAAAACAUGAAAACGAGGCUGAUGGUGAUGAAAAGGUUAAGGCCAAAGAGGCUGAAAUCGACACGCUAGAUACAAAAUUAGAAAAUGGAUCAACAUUAAAUGUUGUAGAAAAGGGACAAAGCGAAGAUGAAAAGCCCGAGAAACACAUUUCGGGACCAAACACAAACACAACCUUAAAACCUGACGAAAUCAAUGUUCGCCGAAUGCACACGGCAGUAAAACUGAAUGAAGUUAUUGUAAAUAAAUCACAAGAUGCCCAACUUGUUAUAAUGAAUUUACCUGGACCUCCACGGGAAUCCAAAAUCGAUCGUGAAAGCAAUUAUAUGGAAUUUUUAGAGGUGUUAACUGAAGGUCUAGAAAAGGUGCUAAUGGUCCGGGGAGGAGGUCGUGAAGUAAUAACAAUCUAUUCUUAAGGAUCUAAACGUAUUUUAAUUCUUGUAAUAUUUUGGUAAAUCAGGCAACUACCAAUAUCAAUCAAUUCGUAAUUAUUUUUAGCAUGUAAAUCAAAAUUUAUAUUUUGUAUCUAAAUACAAAAAUGAAAUAAAUUCUUUGUUACAACAAAA